UUUCCAACACUACGCGAGGUGGCUUCCUGGUGAAUGCCAAACAAACCGAUUUCAAUUGACGGAACGAAUUCAAGCCGCUAAAAUGGCAAACGUGCGCUGUUUACACAAGCUAAUCCGUCUGCAGAAGCUCCUGCUGCCACUCAAUGCGCAAAGCUCCCGUAUGACUCCAUUGCAGCCGAGGCCAUUGACUUUCUUUCUGGCAAGGAGCUAUUCUAAGGAUGAAAAAACAUCUAAUCUAGACGACUUUCGGGCCCGCGAGGAGCAGCGCGAAAGGGAGCGCGAUGCAGCAGAUGAGGCGGCUGCAAAGGCAACCCAAAAAGAGGCAGGCGGAGGACUGGGGGCAACGGGAUCAGAAUCAAGCGGCCCACAGGACGAUGCCAAGCAGGCUAAAGUGGAUGCCAUACGGGCCAAGAUCCUGGACGCUGCAUUAAACCAUGUGCCCCAGCAGGGUUGGACCCGACAGGCCAUCGUACUGGGCGCCGAGGAGAGUGGCUAUCCCAGCGUGGUACAUGGCAUGUUCCCCGAGGGUGGCUUCGCUCUGGUCUCCCACUUCAAUGGAAAGUGCAACGCACAACUGGUGGAGAGUCUGCAGCAAAAAACAGAUGGCGGCAAGCAGGAGGUGGAGGAUCCGCUAGACUUCUUAGUGCAAGCGGUGCGUCAGCGCCUGGAAAUGGUCACGCCCUAUAAAACUCAUUGGCCCCAGGCAAUGGCUUUGAUAGCCCAGCCGCAGCAUGCGCCCACAGCUCUGGCCCAAGUGCUUACCCUGGUGGAUGACAUCUGCUACUACUCGGGGGAUCGAUCCGUGGAUUUCGGUUGGUACACGAGGCGUGUGGGUCUGGCCACCAUCAUGAAGAUGACCGAGCUGUACUUCCUGCAAGACACCUCUCCAGGGCAUGCUCAGACAUGGGAUUUCCUCAAGAACCGAAUGGACGAGGCCGUGCAGCUACAAAUGAUGCUAUCCCAGACCGAGGGCAUGACACACACGUUUCAACGUUCCUUUAAUUCGGCGUUCAUAACGGCGCGUAAUAUACUGGGUUUAGGCUACAAUCGCAAUUAGUACGGAUAUAAGCCGAUCCCGUGAUCAGUUGCCACGAGUGCCGCAUGCAGUCCAAAGAUAAAUAAUUCUAGUGGGAACGAUGAUGCUCCCACUUAAAGAUCUACACUUAUGUUUACCUUAAAUCCAUAUGUAUAUAUGUGCAUAUAAGUACACCCCUAAACAACCCUAUAUUAGUUGUUAGCUUUUGUGGUUUUUCUGGGGACUCAAAAACCCUACUAUAUUUUGUUAGAUAUAUUUGUGUUUCCUCACUUUGCUAAUAUUCGCAGUCUAAAACUGCAAA